AUGGCAAACGGGAAACAAACCAAAGUAUCCAAAAACGAGGGCUAUCUAUCAGAUGAAUCAGAUUUCUAUGGUGACUCAGCAACCAAAGAAUCAUUCGAAGAUCGUGCUUCAGAAUUCGAUGAUACAGCAUAUUGGAAGAAUCAUCAACCAUCUUUGACCGAAAAGGCAGAUGCGAAUGUUGCCCAAGCCCUUGCAAGUCCACCACCAAAAUCAACCAUGUAUAAUCCGUAUGCAGGUCAAGAAUGUGCAUGGCAACUUGAAGAGAGCGUUGAAGCUUUUCUAAAGCGAUUACCACCAAAGACGACUCAAGUUUCUGAAUCGAUUCCAUGGAUAUACAUUACCAAUCCCUUCCGUGAGGCACCGAAACGUAUUGCAAUACAUGAAGAAGCUCCUCCUGAUAAAGACAGCGACUGGGGAAAAUGUGUAUCCGAAGGGAAUCGUUUACUGCAGGAGCUUAGAACUCUUCGAAACACAAUUGAGAAGGAAAAUUCUGGAAAAUCCACAAUUGCAAUCAAUCGGUUGAUAGAUAAAGAGAAAGAAGCUAUUGUGCAGAAAAUUUUAGAUACAGCGAUUGAUUGUCAAUGUACUACUGGGAAGUGGAUGAUUUUCUGUCUUCCCUCUGAAGUAAACGAAAUCUGGUCCGCAAUCGCAAAAUCUACCUCGACCAAUUCUCUCGGCAUAGGCGCCAAAGUAGCUCCCGAUGAUGGAUCUGGUCUCCUUCAAAGAUCUCGACUCAUAUGCGUCUAUACCGAGAACUUCUCCGAUAAGAUGGAUGUGUAUCGAGUCUUGAAAGCUAUCAAAGAAUUAGGGUUAGUAGACAAAACAAAAAGAGGUACAAUAUAUUACAAAGCCGGUAUAUUUCCCCUUUCCUUCCUUCCUUCCUUCUUCGCCCCACCCCCCAUGAAAAUAAAAAGUAAUAAAUACACAAUUGCUUAA